AAAAUAAAUCACUUAUGAAACAACAUAAUUCAUCUCAGAUCAUGAUGUUAUGUAUCUCGAACUGUUCGUUCUCUUUACUUCAAUCUUCGCCUUGUACUACCAGGUAAACCGCCAAUUAGAAACCUAUUAUGCAACCCAAUUAAAAUGCGAUAAACUACAAACAUGAUCGUCAGAAGGAACACGAUCAUGGCGGUGUGCAUUGGAAUUGUUGGUUUGUUGGCGGUUAUCGGACUGGCUAUCGCCAACAUAACGGCGGACGAAGGAGAGAACGAACUGCAAUUUGUUCACGUUGUGAUGAGACACGGAACCCGGACGCCCGCAAGCACGUACCCCAACGAUCCAUAUAUCCAUGAAUCUUUCUAUCCGAUAGGUUGGGGGCAGCUCACUAACGCUGGGAAACUGCUGCAGUACAACACAGGGAAGUACUUAAGAGAAAGGUACGGUAAAUUUUUAGGUGAUAAUUAUUACCCAGACGAGUACUAUACUCAGUCAACAGACGUGGACAGAACCAAAGCGAGUGUGCAACUAACAAACGCAGGUUUGUGGCCUCCAAGUGCCGUACAAACUUGGGGACCGAUCGACUGGCAACCUGUUCCAGUCCAUGCACAACCCCUUGACCAGGAUGACCUGUUGCUUGUUAGGGUACCUUGUGCGAGGUACCAUCAAGAACUGAACGCCGUCAAACAGUCCAAAGAGGUACGGAAACUCUACGACGAGAACCAGGAACUGUUCCGCAACCUGCAGCGAGUCACAAACAUGACGGUGAAGGAGUUCGACGAUGUGCAAGAUAUUUACACCACCCUGAAGGCGGAGGAGAGCUUCAAUUUAACCCUCCCCAGUUGGAUAACCGAAUAUUAUCCGGAAAAAAUGGAAUUCGCCUCCGGCUUCAGUUACUACCUUACGUCCUACAAUGACCAGUUGAGGCGACUGAAAGGGGGGCCUUUGUUGAAGAAAAUCACGGAGGAUUGGAAAGCGAAACGUGAUGGUACCAUCAGACCUAAGAGUAGGAAGGCUGUUUUGUAUGGAGGUCACGACUUUACCAUAGCUAACAUUUUGGGUGCUCUGAAAGUACUCGAACCCCACACCCCAGAUUAUGGAGUUGCUGUAUUGUUGGAGCUGUACAAAAAUACUAAAACUAACGACUAUUGGGUUGAAAUUUUCUAUAGGAAUUCGACAGAGGUGGCGCCCACAAAAUUGACACUGCCCGGUUGUAGUACUCGUUGUCCUUUGGACAAAGUACUGGAGUUAACUAAGGCUGUGAUUCCAGGUGAUUUUGCAGAAGAAUGUAAGACUGACGAAGAUGUAACAAUACCAACACCUAUAGGUCCUUAAAAAGCACCAGUAAUUAAAGUUACAUCAAAAUAACAAA